GCUUCUUAAUACUCCGCAAAGCACAACUUGGUGUUCGAAUGUUCAAGUUCCAGUCAUUUCCUCGGACAGCAACUGUCUUCCCCGCCUUAUUCAGAAGAACUAACCACCACCAGUCAUUGCCUCAGAUUCAAAAUGCAACCACCAUAGUUGAAACACUAACUCUACUUCUGAAGCAACGCCAAAAACUACCUCAGAUUUCACAAAUUCAUGCCCAGGUUACUACGCAAGGUUUAUCAUCCAAUUCUUCUCUUGUCUUUGCCAUCGUUCGUUGUUAUAUUUCUGCAAAAAACCUCAGUUUUGCACGAACAUCAUUCGAUCGAUGUCUGUAUCCAUCACUACUCUUAUGGAAUGUCAUAAUACAAGCCUACUCCAAGAAACAAAAUUGUCAGGAAUCAUUCAAUUUAUUCCGGCAGAUGCUUGCGCUCGGGGACGGGUCUAUGCCGGACAAGUACACUUUCACCUUUGUAAUCACUUCAUGCUCGCAGCAAAACACACCCAUUUAUGGGGAUAUUAUUCAUGCUUUGGUGAUAAAGUUUGGGUGUGAAUCCGAUACUUUUGUGUGCAACUCACUGUUGAAUUUUUAUUCAGUCUUUGGAAAAAUGGAAGAAGCUCGGAUUGUAUUUGAAGAAAUGCCUCAAAAGGAUGUUGUCACCUGGACUAGUUUCUUAAGUGGGUAUACUAAGCAUGGGAAGAUGGAUCGAGCUGUUGAGUUGUUUAGUGAGAUGCCAGAACGGACUGAUGUCUCUUGGACAGUUAUGAUUUCGGGCUUGGUUGGAGUGGGAGCUUGUGCUUACCUAGGUGCCUUGGAUCAAGGAAAAUGGAUCCGGAGUUAUGUGGAGAAGAUAGAAACGUUGAGAAGUGCAAAUAUAUCUACUGCCCUGAUUGAUAUGUACGCCAAAUGUGGGAAAAUAGACUGUGCACGUAGUAUUUUUAAUGGAUCUUCCAAAACAGAUGUUUUCACUUGGACAAGUAUGAUUUCAGCUUUAUCAAAGCAUGGGCUUGGUGAGCAUGCUCUUAGCGUUUUCUCUCAAAUGCCAGGUGAAGGAAUAAAACCGGAUGAUAUCACUUUAUUAGGUGUUUUAAAUGGAUGUAGUCAUUCAGGUUUAGUAGAGGAGGGUUGUUCAGUCUUCGACAAAAUGGAGACCUUAUGGGGAAUUUCUCCGAUGAUUCAGCACUAUGGGUGCAUGGUAGAUCUUCUUGGUCGUGCAGGUCAAUUGGAGCGAGCCUUUGAAUUUGUCAGAAGAAUGCCAAUCGAGCCUGAUAUUGUAAUAUGGAGGGCACUUCUUAGUUCUUGUAGGAUUCAUAGAAAUGUCAAACUUGGAGAGCAAAUCAUUGAUCAUAUUUCACAGUCUGAUCCCUGCGGUCAAGGCGGAGGUUAUGUUCUUCUUUCUAACCUGUAUGCGUCUUUAGGUAGAUGGGAGAAGGUUGAUGGAGUGAGAAAGCAGAUGAAUGCCAAGAACAUUGAAUUAAGAACAGGGUGCAGUUGGAUUGAAAAUGGAACCGUUCAUAAAUUUGUUUCUGCAGAUAAGUUGCACCCUCGGAUUACAGAGAUACACCAGAAGUUAAAUCAAGUACUAAAGAAAGCAAGAACUGAAGGUGGUUACAUUACAAACACCAACCCAGUAUUAUUCGAUUUAAGUGACGAGGAGAAAGAACAAGCUGUAUCUUGGCACAGUGAGAAGCUAGCUGUGGCAUUUGGAUUACUGAGCACCCAUUCAGGGGCUCCAAUUAUGAUUGUAAAGAACCUGAGAAUAUGUGACGAUUGUCAUUCUGCAAUGAAGGCUAUUUCACGAGUUUUCAGUAGGGAAAUUACCGUGAGAGAUCGAUCUCGAUUUCAUAAUUUUCGUGAAGGAAUCUGUUCAUGUAAGGAUUAUUGGUGAUGAAAAAAGUUAAUCAUACAUUUAAUGAAACAUUUUCCUUAAGGAUCAUGGCUUGUUUGGGGCUUAAAUUUCUUGCACUGAGGCACUACUUUUGAACUGCUGUUGGAAUCUCUGGAACUCCAAAAUCUCUGAGAUCCAAAAAAGAGAAAAACUAGAAACUACAUGAGGCAGUUCUUCUCAUCUCAGAGAUGCUUUGCUUCCCAAGUACAAGUCAGUUAAUGAAA